AUGUCUGCGAAACAAUCAGGUUUAGAAGCUGGUUUGGAUCCAGAAGAAGAAGUGACAGAUGUUGUUUGUGAUGAGGCAGAUCUCAGAGAUGGAGAGAUGAUGGAGGUUGAGGUUGGGGAUCACAAUGUUUUGCUGGUCCGCUGUGAUGGAGUGUACAGCGCCAUCAGUAACCAAUGCACACACUAUGGUGCUCCGCUGAGUGAAGGGGUGCUGUCGGGUUAUAGGGUCCGCUGUCCCUGGCAUGGGUCCUGUUUUAAUGUGAAGACUGGAGACUUGGAGGAGUAUCCUGGGAUUGACUGUCUGCCCUGCCACAAGGUGAAAGUCGAAAACAACAAAGUGUAUGUGUCUGUAAAGAAAAGGAUUCGGGGUCAGCCUAAACGUGUAAAAUGGAUGGGAGUCCGAGAUCAGUCGGUGUCACAUACUGUGAUGCUCCUCGGAGGAGGCGCAGCCUCCUUAAUGUGUGCUGAGACUCUACGGCAAGAAAACUAUGGCGGCAGGAUUAUUAUGGUAUCUAGAGACAAUCUCCUUCCAUAUGACAAAACCAGAUUGAGUAAGGUAAUGAAUGCUGAGAGCGACAGUCUGUUAAUGAGAAGAAUGGACUUUUUCCACAAACAUGAUAUUGAGGUCUGGUUGAAGAAAGAGGCUUUAUCAAUAGAUACAAACAAGAAAACAGUGACAUUUCGUGAUGGGUUAAUCCAGAGUUAUGACCAAAUCCUUAUCGCAACUGGGUGCAGAGCAAAAAGUCUGGACUGCCCGGGUGCAAACCUGGAAAGGGUGCUAAUGCUGGAAACACCAGAGGAUGCCAGGUGCGUCCACUAUGCCUGUACGGGCUGCAGGACAGUCGUCGUGGGCACUUCAUUCAUUGGCAUGGAAGUGGCAGCUUAUUUGUUAGACACGUCCAGCAGUAUGACAGUCAUCGGCAGCAGUGAAUUGCCCUAUCAGAAGACUCUGGGCCGGGAGAUAGGAAAGGUCACCAUGACGAUGCUGGAAGAAAAAGGGGUGACGUUCUACAUGAAUGAUGCUGUCGCAGAAGUUCAGGGUGAAAAUCGGAGGGUUAAGGCAGUGAAACUGAAGAGCGGUAUCACUAUUGAAGCUGAUUUGUUAAUUGUUGCAAUUGGUGUCAGUCCGAAUUCUGAGUUUUUGGAGGGGAGUCGAGUAAGAAUGGACUCAAAGAACUAUGUCAUUGUGGAUGAGUACAUGAGGACCAACAUAACAGACGUCUACUGUGCUGGAGAUCUGACCUCCUUUCCUCUCAAAAUGGCAAAAGGCCAGAAAGUGAGCCUUGGCCAUUGGCAGAUAGCGCAGGCACAUGGAAGGAUUGCAGCUCUCAACAUGCUGUGCAGAGAAGUGGAGCUGAACACAGUGCCAUACUACUGGACCGUCCUGUUCGGGAGAACCAUUCGAUACGCUGGGUACGGGGAGGGAUACACUGAGAUGGUGCUGAAAGGGAAGUUUGAGAACAUGAAGUUUUUGGCACUUUACCUCAAGGAUGGUGAGGUGGUGGCUGCAGCAGGACUGAAUGUUGAACCCGCCGUCUCUGUGGUGGCGGAAAGACUGGCAGAAGGAAGAGUGAUUACAAAGGCAGAGGCAGAGUCAGAUGACCUCAGUUGGCUGAAACUGGAGCCCAUGUGACCACUGACAACAGUUUGAACUCUGAAUUCAGCCAUUCUGUCCACAGUACAUCCCAUCCAACCAUGCCUUUACUCAGAAGACAUUCUUCGCAACAUUUAAAGGCCAAUACAGUACGUUUCUCCAGGAGCUUUGUACACAGUUCACAGAGCUUGCCAUUUUACCACUGAUAUUCAGAGACGAGAACCACUACCCACACACAACCAAAACAAGAGGAGAAGCUUUUAUUCUGCUCUUACCUCAGUUCUCUUUGUGACUUUGCCAGUUAGCUCAGUUUCACAUCCGUUUUUCUCAAAAAUGAAUAUGAAUACAAUCAUAUUUAUUCUCU